AUGACUGUCAUACGACCAUUAGAAUCGGAUGUGAAGGGAUGCUACGCUGAAGAAAUGUUGCAGAAACAUUGGGGACCAACACAUUCAGUCAAAGUAUUCCGGGAACCUAAUAAAAGUUUGGGAAUCAACAUCGUUGGAGGAAAGGUUGAUCUACAAUCACCUGAAAGCUAUUCCGAUAGUACCCUUCUUGGCAUAUUCGUGAAAAAUGUCGUGCCUAACAGUCCAGCAGGAAAGACUGAAGAAUUCAAGACAGGCGACAGGAUACUGGAAGUGAGCGGAAUCGAUCUGAGAGAAGCCAGUCAUGAAAAAGCAGUCCAGGCCAUCCGCAACGCCACUAAUCCGGUUACCUUCGUUAUACAGUCUUUGAUACCUUGGACAACCAACGGACAUCAUUCGAACACAUCCAACAACAACGUUUCAUUCUCUCCAUCUACAAAGACCUCCUCACCGACCAGAACGAAAGAUCUCAAGAGCGAUGAUGAUACAGGGUCCGAAAAAGGCACCAAUGAAACCAACAUUGUUUCAAAUGAUAUUUCUUACAAGAAGGCCGAUGUGGUAUUCAACGAGCAAUCAGAUGGUGCAGACCUUAUUCCACUUGUUUCCCAGGUGAUACCAGUACAUUCACCACAACAAGCAAAUACUGAGGUCCUAUCAUCUAAGGAUUCUAUAUCUGAAGACGAUGAAGAGAAACUGGACCAGAAGAAGGAUAUUCGAGGCGACUCUGAUGAAGGCAGUGAAGAAGAUGAUGAUGAUGAAAGGGAACUGGAAGGAAGAACUGUUUCCUCUAAAGGGCAAUUUAUCGAUAGGGCAAGUGCGGCAAAUGUUAGGAGAAGCAAGGAAGAAAUAGCAGCAGACAAUGAAGAAGAAGAUGAUUUUGGUUAUACAACGACAUCAACGGAGCGUACAAAACUACUGCAAUCAUUCUUAACUAAGCCUGAAAAUGUAACUGUGAAAAGUUUAUCACAAACGCGAUGGUCAGCGAGGGACGAUGCUUGUACCAGCCUUAAUAAUGAUUGGAGCCAGAUAAUAGCGGCUCUUGAAGCUAUAAGAAGUGACUCUGCAUACCACAAAGCCUUGGUUAAAAAUGAAGCGGCUGGGCUAUUACCUCAACUAAAUUCUCUAGAAACUGCCAUAUUAUCGGAAUUUUGGGGAUCUGUAUUAAAACGAUUUGGUAUAGUUUCCAAAAUACUACAAGGUGUCGACACAGACGUAGAAGUAGUUUCCAGGCUUUACAAGUCACUCAUUACUUUUGUAGAAGAACAACGGGAAUCUUUUGAUACUUUUGAAAAGGCUGGUAAAAGAAAAUGCACAGAAGAGUACCGGAACAUUCACAAUAGAAUUGUCAAGAGAAAGAAACGAUGA